ACCACACUUCCGUGUGUAACUUGAGACAAGCUGGGGAAGAAAAAAGAGGAAGGGAAAAAAGARUAAGGGAAAAAUAGCGCAGUUAUUCCCGCCUCCGCCUCCUCCUCUCUCUCCUCCCCAGCCAGCCAGGAGCCACGUCACCAGGCACUGGCUUUGGGGCUGCUCAGCCUGGAGCUCUCCGGGAGACAAACUCCAACUUUCAGCCCAGAGCAGAGAGAGAAAGGCGCUAGGCUGGAGGAGGGAAAAUCCACCUCGGUGGAAAAGUAAACAAGGGAGACAUCCAGCCUGGAAGGGGAAAGCCAUCUGCAGCCACGGGAGAGGGGAGUCUGAACUUUGUGCCACAAGAAGGGAGGGCUCCGUGCUCAGGGAAAAAGGAAAGUUGAGCCGAAGGAGACAGUUCAUUCAGUCGAGCUCGGGGGAGAAAAACUUCCUGCCCUCCCCCUCCCUGCCUGCAGAAAGAGCCCCGCUCCUUUCGUUCCAGAGGAGACCCCCGGCACCAUGAACAUCUUCCGCAUCCUGGGGGAUGUCUCCCACUUGCUGGCCAUCAUUAUUCUCCUGCUGAAGAUUGUGAAGUCCAAGUCCUGUGCUGGAAUCUCUGGGAAGAGUCAGAUACUUUUUGCCCUCGUCUUCACAACCCGUUACCUGGACCUGUUCACGAAUUUCAUCUCUGUCUAUAACACUGUGAUGAAGGUCAUUUUUUUGAUUUGUGCCUACGUCACUGUAUAUAUGAUCUACGUGAAAUUCCGGAAAACGUUUGACAGUGAGAAUGACUCCUUUCGCCUUGAGUUCCUGCUGGUCCCUGUCACAGGCCUGUCAUUUUUGGAGAACCACAGCUUCACCCCCUUGGAGAUACUCUGGACCUUCUCCAUCUACCUGGAGUCCGUGGCUAUCCUUCCCCAGCUUUUCAUGAUCAGCAAGACAGGGGAAGCAGAGACCAUCACGACACACUACCUCUUCUUCCUGGGCCUCUACCGUGCUCUCUACAUCGCCAACUGGGUCUGGCGCUAUCACACAGAGAAUUUCUAUGACCAGAUCGCCGUUGUUUCCGGGGUGGUACAAACCAUAUUCUACUGUGAUUUCUUCUACCUCUACGUGACCAAAGUCCUAAAAGGAAAGAAACUAAGUCUUCCCAUGCCUGUUUGAAGACACCCCACAGGAGCACAAGAAAUUCCAAAGACGAAGCCAUUUAAGAUCACAGCUUUCCUUCACUGGCCCUUCAUCACUAACGGGUGGCUCAGCUGAGUUUCAACCAGUGCCAGGAAGACAAGACCUGGAAAACUGAAAUGCUUUUCAUCCAUCAGACUCUUCCCCUCCAUUUUUUUUUUAUUUCUUCUCACUUGAAUUUGGUGCUAGUGCCAGCCAAUACUGAAGUAGCGCAGUUUAUUCUCUCCCAACUCUUCCCAGCAUCUAUGUCCAAAACAKAUCUCUAUCUUGACCCUGAGGCAGCACAAGUGAAAAUGUCACUCCCUUUAGCCCUUCAGCAAGUGUCCAUGGUAAAGGGAACAUGCAUUAAUGAAGCCURUCAACGUAAGGCAACUGACCCAUUUGACAGGUGGCCAUGUCUGACACUGCAGAUACUACAAACUGUUUCUUCAACUCCCUUUGAACUAACACCCUCUCGAAAAUUAACUCUGCCUGACCCUCUCUCUACUCAGGUUCAGUAACAUCACAAAAAAGACACACUGCCUUUGAAUUACAUAAAUCUUCUAAUUCCACAAGUAUUCAAACACCCUUCCAGCUCACUUAUUUUCAGUUUUCUUGUAUUUUACACACRAAGACAAUUUAAAUUAAAAUUCAGUGGCUUGCCAGGAAGUGUUUCCAUCUCCUUGAAUUGGACUUUUAAGAACUGGGAAGAACAGGGGCAAAGACAGCUUUACAUUCCAAAAUAAAGACAAAGUUCACAA